CUCCGUCGGCCCCCGGCAAUGCUCCGCGCUGUAGUUGGUAGAAGGCCGUCGGCAAUGCUCAGCGCACCGGUCCUACUGUCGAGCCUUCUGCUGCUGCGCGGGUCGGAGGCCUUCUCGCCCGUGGCGGCCAGAGCAGGCGGCGUCGGGAGCCCGUGCCGCGCUGCUGUACGCCUCGGUUUCUUUGACGUGUUCCAAGAGUCGGCCGAGUCCAAGGCGCGCAAGGAGGCGGAGUGGGAGGCGCAGCAAGCCAUGCUUGCGCGGCGCCGCAAUCCCGAGGCGAUGGAGGCGUACCAGAGCGAGGUGGAGGAGCGCCGCGCGGAGAUUUCAUCCAAGGACGCAGAGCUGAAGGAGCUGCAAAAAACGGGAGACAUCGAGGCCUGGGAGGCGCUGCGAGCGGAGGGCAAGCUGCAGGGCUCGGACGAGCUCGAGCGCGAGGCCGGCGAGCGCUCGUGGGGCGGCGAGGGCCUCGUGGCCGAGCGGAUAGACACCCGGCUUCCCUUUGUCGACUCGGGGUACGUGGACGAGUCGGCCCCGUCCCUGCCCGACAUGCCCGACCUGCUCGGCGGGCUCAAGGGGCUCUUUGGAGGCGGCGAGGAGAAGAGCGAGCAACAGUGAGAUGAUGGAGGCGCGGCAGUCCCGUUUUGUGGCGGUAGAGUCCAUGUUUCCCAUCUGAAUCUAGAGUAUGACACAUGACUAUGUCCCGGGGCCCUCUCCGCCGUCUCUCUCUCUUUGUAGAGAGAGAUUUUUUAGCAAUACCAAACAACUCUAACACUCAC